AUGCUUGAUGUAGAAACGAACAUGAUCAACGUCGCAUCAAAUGGUGAUCAAUUUGGUGAUGAAAAUAUAAUCGUUGACGAUUCACCAUUUAAAUCUACAUUAAUUUAUGUCUAUUCAGAAAGCGUAUCUGUAGAUCAACUUCAGUUAUAUGGUGCUCAAACUCAUAUGGGUCGUUAUGUUGCACUUGUAAUGGAUAAGUUAUUUACGUUCGAAGAAAUAACGACCAUUACUAAAGAUGAAUUGGUAAAGGAUGAACGAUACUUAAUUAUUAAAGAAGCAGUUCGAUCAAGAUUCAAGCUGAAUCAUGAAAUGUUACGGUCUGAAUGGUCAAUCUUGCAUGAAUGCAUUCUUCAAAAGAGACGCAAUGAAUUGAAAAAAAAAAGAAGUAGUACUGGUAAUGUAACAGUGCAAUCUGCAUCACAAGUAGCACUACACGACGAUUUUGAUGAAUUUAUUAGUUCAUUUGCAAAUUAA